AUGCACGGCAUGGAGAGUAUCGAUGAAACCAUACUAGCAGCUGCAUCAGCCGACUUCAAUAACUUAGACGCAACGUUCGCCACUUCAUAUGCCACGAGCGGGCUAAACCUUGGCAGCUUUGGAGAGAGCUCACCAGUGUCUUCGUUCUGGUCAGGCACCACACGGGCCUCGUCCCCCGAUAUGCCGCCAACAUCCGUCCCUCCGCAAUUCGCCUCGAUUCCAUCGCAUCUCCCCGGUAGCAAACCAAAAUCGUCACCCCUGGAACCUCACACGGCACCGUCAUGGGAGUUCAUGGCUCAGAUGCAGUUGAGUAAGAAAAGUGCUGGAACUGCGAGAAGUCGAAGUCACUCCCGCAAUACGUCUAACUCGUCAACUUCUUUCGCAAGCGACGAUCAGGCCAUGUCCCCUAUACCAGAAGUCGACGACGACUUGAUGCCCUUUGCAACUACCCCGCGUCUACCACGGCAAGGCGUUUUUGCUCCCAGCCCAGCGCCUGCCUCGACACGCUCAAGUCUUACAGAUAAGAGUCGUGCUGCUUCUACUCUACUACUACCAAGUCGAUUUGAGGCCGAGACUCUGACGACUGAAUUCAUGCAGCAUGUCGAGACUCAUUCACCAGAAGUCUACGGCAUGACGCCCACUUCAUUUGCGCAACUCUGCGAGACAGUCUACCCUAACCCCCAGAAAGCUUCCCCUUCGAUGCCUGUCGCUUCCAUGUCGAUGGCCAGAUUCCACGUCUUCCUUGCCAUGGCAGCUGGGAUGAAACUCAGGAUCAGAGAUAGCCUGGAGACUACCAACACCCUUCUCGAUACCUGCUACGAUCUUGCUAUGCAACAAACCGCUGUGUCAACGUUCUGGCAAGAAGAUGGUGGCGUCGAAGCAGCCCAGUUACUCGCAAUUUUUGCGGGCAUUCGCAAAACACGCAUUAUAGAUGCCACGCCCGUGCAAUUCUCUUUUACAUGGUGA